UUUUGCUGUGGGAAAACAGUUCGGGAUAGCCUCAAAAAAAAAGUGAUUUGCUUUCCUCACCUCGCCUCCCAUCGCAAAGGGAGUUAAAUAAUAUAUUACCCAGCCUGCCACCAACAAGCUGGCGAAUCUACCCAGCUCUCCAGCAAUGCACUAAGCUCCUGGACUUAUUUCUGGCUGACCACCUCGUUCGGCCAUGGCAACCACACCCUCCAGGGCGCCUGCGGCCCGUCCAAGGCAGUACAGGCGGAUAUUAACCUCGACCCUACAUCGAAAAUUUGUGCAUGCGUCGGCGGUUUCUUUGGUUGCUUGUUAUGUUGUGGCUUUCUUUAUUGGCGUUAAAUCUUCCUUCUUCUGGUCAUGGUUUCCAUUGGGCGCCUGCGGGUUCCGGACAUUACUCCUUUUUAUCUCAUGCCUUGCUAUUUUCAUCCUCCGUGUUGGUCAGAUGCACGUAGGAGCCCGGACUACAAGUUCUGCUUUCAGCUCAACGAGACAGGCCCUUUUUUCGUUCUCCACUUUCCAAACCUUUGGCUGGUAUCUAGUAUCUGCAUGGUGGUUUAGUGAGGUAUAUAUGUGGUCAUCAUCAGAAAGCGCAGAGCUCAACUGGGUAAAGCCGGGAAGGCCAUAUGAACGAGCAAAGCUCAAUGAGAGACCGAUAUAUCUCCAUUGCUUCUACGCCCUUCUUGCCAUCACACAAUCAAUAUUUCACCUCUAUUUUGACUGGGAUAAGAUUCACAUUCCCGUAUCGAAGCGAAGCGCAAAUUCCGCAAACCAUAGUACGCAUGAGCUUGAGCCGCUACCUGUCAGGAUCCGGAAGGCCGUACCCCAGGUACUCUACGAUGCUGUAAUUAGAAGCUCCGUUACAGCUGUUGUAGGGCCAUUCAUCUAUAUGCUCUUCCUUAGACGCAUCGCCUGGAGCUGGGUCCUUUCAUUUGCAAAACUUUUCUGGAAUUUCCCCCGCUCCGCUGCCGAUCCUCCGGGCUUGAUUCCACCAUUGCACAUCCUGCUAAUUCUUCGCGCUGCUACAUCAGGCGUGCUACUUGUGACACUUUGGCAGGUGUCCAAUCUCUUAUUUUCAACGUUUUUGGGCCAGGCACCCUUGAAAAAGGGCCAGCCACUGACGAAUGAAUCCAAAGACCCGAAUGGCAGUCUAAUAAACGGGCUGAAGGCGAAAAGGGAUGUCGUUCGAACAUUCGCUUUCUGGGAACUGUGCUUAAUCGGCCAGCAAUUUCCGGAGCGCAGGAAAGCAAUCUUUGCCGACAUCGACCGCAACGGAGGAUCAGCAUGGACCCAGAUUCUCGGCGCGUCGACCAAUGUUAUUAAGGGAAUAACUGCUCGGAUAAAUGAACACCAAAACCCAACAACACUGCCGGCCGCAGACUCCUCUACAGUAUCUGGGAAGACCUCGGAUAGUAGCAACAUGGAUGGACAACCAACCACUAUUCACACCCUACCUCGCUUAACCUCCGCUCCAAAGGGAGACAACAUCUUCCUCGCCUCGUCCAAACCCACCACCCGCCCCGAACAAUUCGAAUCAGCUUUCGGCUCCGUAGCUAAAUCAUACGGCCAAUCCCCAAACUGGACGCCAGCCGCCCGCAACCAAGCCCGUAACAUCUUUAACCGCGCAACCACCGCCGUCCUCAGCCCGGAGCAAAGGAAACGCAUAUCCGCCUCAGCCCAGGAGCUCAAACUCCUCACAUGCUCUUCCUCCUCUUCAUCUAGUUCAGGUAGACCCCGCACACACCCCCUAAUCCACCAAUUCCUCAGCUCCCUCGCGGGCUUACCAUUCCGCCGAUCCUACGCACGACGACUCCGCAUUAUCAUCCUCGGCAAGCCAUACGCCAGCCUGUCCCCGAUCAUCGAUGCGGUAGAGUCUCUCACCCGCCUCCUCAUCGCGAGUAUGGCAGAGGAUCAGUUCGGGAAAGUGCAGGCGGACAUUGCCGCUGUUGUGCGCCUGUUUACGGAGACUGCGAUGGCUCUAGAGUCCUUUACUGGCGCUGGUGAGGGGGGGUUGGAUGUCCAUUGGACGGAUGUUGACUUUCCUCCUGCAGAUGCGGAAAUGGAGAUACAGAAGAAGGCGAGGAGGGUGGAGGAGGUGGAGAUGAUUAAGGAGGCGUUGAAGGGGGGAUUGGCGGAGCUUUUGGAGGCAUUUAAGUUGUAUUUGGAUGAUGUGGGGAUUCGGGGGAAGGAAUUGAGGAUGGCCCGGGAGGCGGCGGGGUUGGUUUGAGAUUGACAUUUGCUUUCUUCGUCUUUUACUUUUUUUUUUUUUCCCUCUCUUGUUUAUUUAUGUGUUUGUAAUUCUAUUACAAAUUUUUUGUUUUUGAAAAACAUGAAUGAUUCCCCAGAAGUUCGGAUACCAUCCAACAUCUUCACAAUCCACAAGCAUGAUGUCGACUGAUCGUUUUCCUUGGUCAUCUUGGCCGGCUCUCUGCAACCACAAUGUUCUUCAUCUGCACAUCCCCGCAUAUGUUGUGGUUUUAUAAUCUGAGAGAGACAUCCACAUUCAAUUAAGGCUUGGCAAUUGCUUGCGAGCCCUUAAACAAAGGCUCCUUCACCAGAGAAACCACCGCCCAAGCUUCCAAAAAAGUUCAGGCCAUGGACACGCAGCCUGUUACAUAGAAUCGAAUGCUCGACGGAGUUUGGCAACAAUGCCAUCUUUCUCAGCCUCAGUCAACGCUGCUCAAAUAGAGUUACGUGGCACAACACCCCUGGAGCACGCACGCUGCAUGGCCAGGAACAGCUGGCCAGAAUUGCAUACAGGCGCGCAGGAACUUUAAGGAACAUGUCAUUUAUUCAAGACAAAUUUCAAGACAAAUUAAAGCCUAUAUAUAUCCUUCGUCCGCGCCCAAGCUGGUGCCAGACUUGACAGCAACAGCCAUAUUCUCAUCUACCGCUACAAAUCUUGGAGCCAAAGUCGAAGCGGGUCCCGUAUAACAUUAGGGUACGACCCGUGUUUCGGCUGGAGUUGGUGGAGGGGGUACAGGCGGCGAUAAGGAGUCGUUCUUGAAAAGGAGAGCAACUGGUUCCCACAUCGUGACUGAAGAAGAAUCGACGGCCGGGAGAAAUUGGGUAACGAGGAAGCUCUCUGCGCCUGUAAGGAGAGGAACAUGACAUGCUUUAAUGUGAACAGAUGGAGGAGGUUAAGAGGGUGAAGAAGAAGUGUGGUUGCUUUGUAUAAGCAGUGGGUGUUUGCCGGAUAGGGGGUUGGAAUUAAACUCUGAAUAUUUAACUAAGAAAGUUAGCUGACCUAAAUAUAAGAAAACUUCGCUUUUUAUUUACUCUUCCUCAGUUUUUUUCACCCC